UACAAAUCUUGAUUUUCCCUUUUUUUCCGCUAUGCUCAAUUGUUUGUGAGAAGUCAUGUCCUAAUACAGUUUCUAUAUACUCAAAAUGUUUGUAGAAAGUGUUAAGCUCAGAUGGGGUUUUGCUAAUUUCAUUUAGAAUGGGUUUGGCAUGGUAGGAACUUGAUUAUGGAUGACAUGAUACUUCAAAGCGCUUCUCUGAUAAUCACCCUGCACUGUCUUACAUGUGAAAAUGUAUUUUAAUUUCUUACAUUCAGAUUCCAUUGAAGACAUGGGGUAUUCUCUGAGUAAGUUAGAAGUAGAGACCGGACUCUUUGAUGGUUCAAGUUCCAAUCACGGGGUUGCUGGCAGUGUUCAUCACGAGAGACCAGCAAAUUAUUUGGACCAUGAAAUUUCUCAGCUUACUAAACUUAGAUCUGGACCCCAUGAAAAUCUCAGUAGAAUCCUAUCAGGGAAAAGGGAAGUUCCUGUGUCCACAUUCAAGAUGUUAGCUGCUCGAGAAGCCAAUAUUUCCGGUAGAGGAAGGUUCUCUAAGGCAGAUUGUUGUCAUGUUCUAAGUAAAUAUUUGCCGGUUAGUGGUCCUUGGAUUGUGGAUCAGAUGGAAACAAGGGCUUAUGUAUCACAAUUUUCAGCAGAUGGUUCCCUUUUUGUUGCUGCCUUUCAGGGAAGCCAUAUUAGAAUAUACAAUGUGGAAAGAGGGUGGAAGGUUCACAAGAAUAUUCUUGCAAAAAGUUUGAGAUGGACAGUUACUGAUACAUCUCUUUCUCCAGAUCAACGUCAUCUGGUGUAUGCUACCAUGUCACCUAUCGUACAUAUUGUAGAUGUAGGAUCUGCUGCCACUGAAUCUGUAGCCAACAUCACAGAAAUUCAUGAUGGUUUGCUUUUGUCUGCUGACGAUGGAGAUUUUGGAAUCUUCUCUGUGAAAUUUUCUACUGAAGGUCGGGAAGUUGUUGCUGGAAGUAGUGAUGAUGCAAUCUAUGUUUAUGAUCUUGAAGCAAACAAACUCUCCCUUCGAAUAUCCGCACACAAUUCUGAUGUCAAUUCCGUAUGUUUUGCUGACGAAAGUGGCCAUCUCAUUUAUUCUGGAAGUGAUGACAAUCUGUGUAAGGUCUGGGAUAGACGUUGCUUUAGGGCCAAAGAAAAGCCAGUGGGAGUCCUGAUGGGACACCUAGAAGGCGUUACGUUCCUUGAUAGUCGGGGGGAUGGUCGUUAUUUCAUUUCUAAUAGUAAAGAUCAGUCCAUCAAGCUCUGGGAUAUCCGCAACAUGUCUUCUCAUGCUGCUCGCAAUAUAUGGUUCAGGAAUUAUGAGUGGGACUAUAGAUGGAUGGACUACCCUCCUCAAGCUAGAGACGUGAAGCACCCUUAUGAUCAAUCAAUUGCCACUUAUAAGGGUCAUUCCGUCUUGCGUACUCUAAUUCGCUGCUACUUCUCACCAGAAUAUAGCACUGGGCAGAGAUACAUUUACACAGGAUCCCAUGAUGGUUGCAUUUAUAUCUAUGAUUUGGUAAGUGGAGUGCAAGUCGCGAAAUUGCAGCAGCACCGGUCGACCAUUAGAGAUUGUAGCUGGCACCCUACUUAUCCAAUGCUUGUUAGCUCUUCUUGGGAUGGAGAUGUUGUCAAAUGGGAAUUCCCUGGAAAUGGAGAAGCACCAUUACCUCCAAAAAGGAAGCAGAUCAGAAGAAGGCAUUUCUCUUAGAUGCUAUCUGCCCUCGGGGAUUUCUCGGUUAUCAAAAAAAAAAAGAUGGUAAUUUUAUGGUGUUACACCAGCAUGUAUAGUUUCUAUGUGAGCGCGAAUUUUAGCUGAAACAUGAUCGAUAUUUUGAUUUACAUGUAUUGUACAUAAAUAAAGGCGAAGGUGUACAUUGCACUUUGUAAAUAGUACUCUGAUCGUUUGGGGACCCAAAAAUGCCCCCCCCCCCCCCAAUUAUUGGAGGAGUGUGACUCUGUAUGUGUGGCUCGUACUGCAGAGUAAGCGGAAAAAAAUGUAAGGUCAUGCAUUAGCACUUCUGCAAGAAAAGGGAUGUGCUAAGACGCAACACCUUCUUGCAUAGAGAUAAAUUGAAGCUCAACAAGAAGGGUGAAUUUGUGUAGCUUGACUUGAUGGUACCUUUUGUUCACAGAGAUGAAUUCAGGAUUUAAAUUUGAUGGUAUUGUCCUUUUAAGGUUUAUAGUAUUGAAUUUAUUGUACUAAUAAAAUUAUAGAUUCAGAGCUAGUAUUUGUUGAAAAUUUAGUGAAUUUUUGCACAUAUAUGUAUGGUUUGAAUUGAAAGUAUUGGGUUCAGAUGAAUCCGAGUUCGU